UAAUCACGUCCUUUAUAUGCCUGUCUUAUCUUGCGGGUUCUAAAAACCUGCUAAAACCCUCUCACCUCAGCACAUAAUCAUUCUCCCACUCCACCUCCAUUAAUGGAGUGUUCUCCCCUUACAUUCCAUGGCAGAGUUGUCCGCCUGCAAUUAACUUCUCAAGCAGCAUCAUCACAGCACAGUCAUUUUCCCAACAAGCAAAAAAACAAACCAGGCCUAAAAUAUAAACCCCGGCUAAAAUACAACAGCAGGCAAAGCAUUUUUAUCAUCAUUAGAGCUCAAAAUGGCGAGGGUAGUGAUAAUGCAGCAGAUAAAGAGGAAGGAAGCAAUAAUAUCAACGAGAAGCCAAGUGAUUUUAAGUGGAGUAGGGUUGGACAGGCGUUUGGCAGGGGAACACAGAGAUUUUAUCAGAAUUUCCAGAGAGGUUUGAAGAAGGAGACGGGCGUAGAUAUUGAGGUUGUGAAUAGUAAGGUUGGAGAAGUGGCAAGGGAGGUGCAGGCAGCUGCUGAGCCACUCAGGCGGCAGAUCAUUUCGAGUGCGGAGAAGUUGAGGUUCCAACUUUGGCCCCAUUUCGUGGCUUGGAAUCGCUUGGAGCUCUGGAAGGAUCUUAAGCAAUGGGAAAUAAAACGAAUUAGUGCAUUCAUUCUAUAUGUCUCAGUUUUUUCAAUUUCAGUUGGGGGACUCUAUCUUUCCUUCAGAAGAGCACGUUCAGAUUAUCAAAUGAGUAAAUUGGCAGAAUCCUAUUUGGAGGCAGUGAUUCCCGAUCCUUCAUGUACAAAUGUAAGGAAAUUAAAGCAAAGGCUUUGGAGAAGAUACAUGCCAGAAGGCCUCAAAGUAAAUAAGUACCAUCUUGAAGAUGAUGGACCCUAUCGUCAAUCUAGGGAUUAUGUUGGACAAGAUGUAUGGGAAAAUGAUACAGAACUCCCUCAUUCAGACUUGGAAAAAGGUAUUGAUGAUGUUACCAAUUUCAAUGAUGAAAAUAAGAAUCCAUUAAAGGAACUUGGUCUCAAAGCUAGCAGAGCCAGCAGAACUGUCACAACCAAGGGUGCAUGGCUGGAAAGGCUUGGAAAUUGGGACCGGAUCCUUGAAAAGGAAAAGGUGGAUGAAGAUACUGAUAAACUGAGUAGCAAAUUUGCAAUUUCUUUUGAUUGGCAAGAAAUGAAAGAAAAUUUUGAGCUUCAGCAGAAACAGAGACUGCCCAAUUCCCAACGCUACAGGGGUGAGUGGAUUUCAAAGAGGUGGUGGCAAUAUCGUCCAAAGUUGCCUUAUACAUAUUUUCUUCUCAAAGUUGAAUGUUUAGAGGUUGAGGCAGUGGUGUUUGCUGAGAAUUUCAAAAGAAUUUAUGUCACAAUGAAAGAGGGUUUUCCUUCAGAAUAUAUUGUUGACAUACCCGUGGAUCCUUACCUUCCUGAGUUGCUUGCAAGAUGUGGUGUUGAAGUGGACACUGUGUAUAGCAGAAAUCGGCUUCCCUCUGUUGUUCGAGCAUUUGCUGUUAUGGCACCAGUUGCUUUAUUAGUUUGGUGCAUGAAUAGCUUAGUACGCGCACUGUUUCAAACAUCGCGAGAAACUCUAUAUAGAACAAUAUUGUCAACUGAUGAGAGCCUUCUUUCGCCAGCUGGAGGUGGGGACACUUCAAUGUCAGGAUACAAAGAUAUUGUCUUGGGAGGAAAUGUGUGGGAUGUGCUUGAUGAGAUACUUAUGUACAUGAAAAAUCCCACGAAGUAUCUCAAAAAAGGAGUGAGAAUUCCUCGGGCUGUCUUGAUCAGUGGACCCCCUGGCACGGGUAAAACUCUUUUUGCUCGUGCCAUAGCGAGAGAUAGUGGAAAGUCAUUUGUCUUUGCCUCGGGUUCACAGUUCACCUCUACAGAUAAAGGUUCAUCAAUGGGAAUUAACAAUUUAUUUGCUGUUGCCAGGGCACAUGCACCGGCAUUUGUUUUCAUUGACGAAAUUGAUGCGCUGGCAGGAAAAAAUGCAAUUGAGGAUGCUGUGAGGAGAGUAUCAUUUGAUGCGCUUUUAGAGGAAUUGGAUGAAGAGAAUCCAUCAAUGAAUAGGAACUAUUUAAGAGAGGGUGUAGUUUUGUUAUGUGCAACCAAUCGACCUGAUGAGCUAGAUAACGAAUUUAUGAAACGCAUAGAACGACAAAUAUAUAUAGGUUUGCCUGCAGAGGAAGAGCGUGUAAAGAUCUUUUCUGUUCACACUUCUAACAAGCGCUUAGCAGAGGAUGUAAAUUUUCAAAAGCUUGUAUUCCGUACACCAGGCUUCUCUGGAGCAGAUAUACAAAAUCUUGUCAAUGAGUCUGCUAUUAUGGCUAUAAGAAAGGGUCAUAAGGAAAUAUUCCAACAAGAUAUUAUUGAUGCACUGGAUAAACGAUUAUUUGAAAACAUGGGUUUGCUUGUUACAGAGGAAGAACAAGAGAUGUAUGCAAGGAAGGUUCCUGUUGAGAAUAAAAGAUUGCUGGCCGUACAUGAAGCUGGUCACAUGCUUUUAGCUCAUUUGUUUCCCCGGUUUGACUUGCAUGGUAUUACUUUCUUGCUUCCUGGUGGCAAGGAAUCUACAUUGUCUGUAUUUUAUCCCAGGGAGGAUAUGAUGCAACAAGGUUAUGCCACUUUAGGGUACUAUAAAAUGCACAUGGUGGUAGCACAUGGUGGUCGUUGUGCAGAGCAAAUCAUAUUCGGUGACGAUAAUGUAACUGAUGAAGGUCAAGAUGAUCUUCUAAAAAUUUCAAGGAUUGCUCGAGAGCUAGUCAUAAGUCCAGCAAAUCCACGGCUGGGCUUACUAAUUAUGACAUGGAAAGACAAAUUUGAAGUUCCAAAUCGAUUUCCAACUAUGGAUCUAAUUAAAAAUAAGUGGGAUGAUCCAAACAGACUGCUUGCUGCAAUGUCAGUUGAGGUAUCAGAAUUAUUUACACGAGAGAUGACAAGGUAUAUUGAUGAGGCAGAAGAGGAGGCAAUGACUGCUUUGAGGAAUAACAGACACAUUUUGGACAGAUUGGUAGCUGAAUUACUUGAGCACUCAAAACUAACUGGCUUGGAAGUGGAGGAAAUAGUCAAAUCUAUGAACCCAGUAAUGAUUGCUGAUCCAACGAAGAUGCCUGAAUGGAACCUUGACACUAUGGAUACAAGUCCACCAGCAAAUAGAUUAAGACGCUUCCAGGACUUAGAUAUUUGGCAAGCACCGCUUCAUCGUUGCUAGAUUCUCUUUUUCAUUGAGUGUCUCGCUUGCCAUGAAAAGUGAAAGCUUGAAGGUGGUUAUGAUGCAAAUGUAGAACACAAUGGAUAAGAUGAAAAGCAAAGAACAUGUCAGCGGUAAAGGACUAAGUAGGUCACAAAAGAGAUCGGAGGAACAAGAGGUUGGAAAAAUUGAAGCCAGCUUCUCACUCCAAGAUGGUCGAUUGUUUAAGAAGCACCUUCACAUUUGUGUAACCUUUAAAAAGUAUGAUGUAUAUAUACAUUUGUCAUUUAUCUGUGGAUGGUGUAGUCCUUAAAAUGGGUUUGAUUAGGUGUAAUGUCUCAAGCCAAAACAAUAAUGUAACUAGCAAUUGUACUGCUUUUUGUACAAUAGGAUGUUGAUAGGUUCUAUUUUUUCUUUUAGUGGAUCAAAUUGACAAAUAUUGGCACCUCUUAAGACAAGUGGAUGAUAUGUUUUCAAUUUACAACUCCAUGAGCACAAGGUGGCUGGAUAAAUCAUAG